AUGAAAAAAUAAAGUGAAGAGAUUGUUAAUGAAAUUCGAAAAAGACAACCAGAUAAACCAUUGUCUUUAACAGAGUUAGCUAUGAUCAGAGAAAUACAAUACAUGUAUUUGAAGAAGGAGAAAUGUGUUUUGGAUCUAAUAAUAUAAUAUUGUUGUGAUUGUAAUUUGAUUUUUAAAAUUUGUGAGAAGGCAUUCCUAAUGACAACCAUUGUUCCAUUGCUGCAUAGUGAAAAUCCAAUUGAUACAAUCAAGAGCGGGACCAUUAUUAUUGCAUGUUUAAGUGAGAAUUAGGAAACUCAUAAAAGAAUCAUCAAGAGUGAAUGUCUCCAAAGUCUCACAACCCUGACAAAGAAGAGAUUGCAUUUCGAAAUCACAAAAUAUGCACUGCAAACAAUAGCCAAUCUUGCAAAGGUCGCUGCUAAUUUUCGUAAGAUCUUGGAGUGCAACAUCUUCGAAACCAAUAUCUCUAAAAACAAGAACCCUGAGAACUCCGAUAACAAGAAUCCUGAAUAGAACAUAAAGGAGAAUCUCUCAGUUAUAGAUUAAGUCUUGCCCAAUCAAUCAGAAUUGUAUGUUUUACAGAUCAUAUACGAAAUGACAUCUCAAUAACACACCUAUAUCAAUCAGAUGUGCAAGAUGAUGUUGAAGAAGAGAUUCAUCAAAAAAAUCAUCCAUAGCAUUGUUUCUGCUGAUGUUGAUGUUGCUACCUAAGCCAUUCUAAUCAUCAAUUAAUUGAUCAUCAACAGUAAGAGUUUAGAUAGACAACAGAAUAUCGAAAACAACAAUAAGAAUUAAGAUAUACAACAGAGUAUUGAAAACAAGAAUCAGGAGAAUUUCGAGAGUUCUCCUUAGAUUGACAGCAAUAACAAUAAGAAUUUAAAAAGACUGCUGAAAUUGAAACUGCCUCCGAAGUUGCUCUUGACUUACAAGUUAUUCCAAGGACAUGAGAAUUCCAUCAAGAUUACCAAAGCCAUUAUGCAAACUCUGGAGAAUCUAUUAAAAAUCAAGGACUUUCAAUAGCAACUGGUAAUGGACAGUUACUACGUGUUGUGUUUGCAGAUGUUCGAUACCAAUGUCUACGAACUCAACUACUAUGGCAUUUCAUGUUUAGCAUAUAUGAGUGAAUUGGUUGAAUCCCAUGACAAGUUGGUUGAAAAGAAGAUUCUUGAGUUGAUGUAUCAAAUACUGAAGGAUUGCAAGGACUAAAAGAUUAAGCAAUAGGCAUUCAAAAUCAUUUCUUGUAUCUCCUUGAAUCCAAAGUAUCUACAGAAUUUAAUUAAUAUGGGUAUGAUUGAUUUAUUAGUUAAUUCAUUGAACUCGGAUGAAAAAGCAUGUAAGAUUUAUAGUAUUCUUUCCCUUAGUAAUCUUUCAUGCUCAUAAAAUUUUCAUAAAUACAUAGGCAACAUCAACAUCAAAUUAUUAAUACACAUAUUGGAAUUAUCAGAUCCUUCUAAUCACGCAGUCUUGAGAGCAGCUGCAAAUACACUAGCCAACAUUUCUAUUGAUCACACUUACUAAUAGAACUUUCUAAAAGAUCCAGAAAAAACAAUCAUUCUAAAGUUGAUCUACUCUGCAACUGAUAUCAUUCUAAUUAAAUCAAUCAUCAUUAUAUUUACCAACAUAAGCACCAACAGCAAUCUCAUAACUGAUUUAGCUUAAUAAGAUAUUUUGAAUUGUCUCUUUCUUUUGUAUUAGAAAGACUACGAGGAAUUAAGAGGAUAUCUAUCUCGUUGUUUGAGUGCUUUGUCAGUGGUUCCAGAAUGCAAGAAGCUGAUUUUGCAGAAAGGAUUCAUGAAAUCUUUAGUGAAUUCCAUAUAUAAAUCAAAUAGAGAAACGAAGAGAAUGAUACUGUUAUCAAUAAUGAUGAUGUUAUCAAUAAAUGAGGAAUUCCAAAAGCAAUUCAUCAAUGAAUAAGGAACUGAAUGUUUGUUGUAUUUGAUGUCCUAAAGUGACAACUUUCAUGCCUACAUAGCUGCUAAGAGUUUUGUGUUGAUAAGUAGAAUGGAAUCCUCGUUAUCACAAGUGGCUAGAAAAUCUAUUUGUGAUAGUGUGGCUAAAUAUUCUUUAACAAGGGAGAGAAGGAUCAUGAAAGAGGGUCUGCGAUUCUUUGUCAACAUUAUCAUACACAAACGUCCCAAGGCUUUCAUCAUUACUCAUCUAUGUUAUCUUGCACAUGAAGUGUUGAAAGGUGAUGAAUAAGAUGCCCAAUAAUUAGGAAUGUUCGCUUUCAUGUUGUUAUCAGAGUAACAAAUCUAUCAUGAAACUGUUAUGGCACAUGAUCAUCUACUCUAGACUAUCGCUAAUAAAGUAUUCAAAAGUAAUAAUACUAAUGACUUAAAUCCAUAAAAUGCAACCUUUUUAAGUAUUGCUAUAAUGAAUUUGUCAUUAAAUUUAAACAAUCUAGAAAAACUCCUGAAUUUAAAGUACAUUAAAGUUAUGAGGGAUAUCUGUGUUAUGUUAACAAAGAACCCAGAAAAAGACCCUGAAUUCGAUUUCCGCACUUAUCUCUUUACCUUCAUCCGUUAAUUACUAAAGAUUACUAACCUGUAGGAGAAACUACCAGAAAUCUUCAAAUAGGGAGCUACGUAGAUCAUUUAGGAAUUGAUUCUAUCUAAUAAGAGCUAUUUCUUUAGGAGUUUGUUAGAGAGCAUCAACAUUCUGAUUUCUAUGUCUGACAAAUAUCCAUCUGAUAUUCUGAAUGUGAUUGUUAAAUUGGCUGAUCCUGAUUAUGAGAUAGAAGAUGAGGAGUCAUUACCAUUGAGAGUAUAUGUGUUAAAUAGGAUGUCUUACAAUCCUCAUUCCCUUGAGUACUUCAAGUAAUCUAAGAUUGUACCAUUUUUAAGUGAGAAAAUGCAAUAAGAUCUUUCAUUCUUAAACAUCUCCUAAUAUUUCUGUUCAUUAUUAGCAAAUAUUUCAAAAGAAAAUGAAAUUCUGAAUCAGAUUUUUGAAGCCUAGAUUCUUACAUCUAUCUUUAAAUUGCGUCAAUAGAAACAUAAUAUUAAGUUGACCGAUAUCAUCCGUCUAUUGGCACAUUUAAGUUCGCAUCCCUCAUUCAAACCAAAGAUAUUUAGUGAUGAAAUCUAUGCCAACAUCUUUGAUCAUCUCCAAUAAGUCACUUUCUCAGAGAAAUAGGAUCCUCAGAUUUGUUACCCAGUUUUGAUUUGCAUACUCAAUAUGACCAAAUCAGAUUAUGGAUUAAUCAAAGCCAUAGCUAGAAGUGACAUUUUGAAUUUUGUUAAGGUGUACAUCAAAGAAUAAAAAGGACCACAACAUAUCACUAUCUUAUGCUUUCUUACUCUUUCCAAUAUGUUAAUUGACCCUGAUAUUCUCAAGAAAGAGCAAGACAUCCCUUCCUUGGUGAAUCAGUUAAGGUAAACCAUUUAGGAGAAUGAAGAUUAACUUGAUCCAGCAUAACCAGAUUACGUCGUAGUUUCAUUUCUCAAAGUCAUGCACAAUAUGGUUCUGCAACAUUAUUCGGAGAUUGAAGACAAUCUAAUUAUGAUUGAAUGUUUGCAGGACAUUUAGAAGAUGUUCAUCAAAUUUACAUCCCAAGAGAUCUUAGGACUUAUCCUAUCAAUUUUCUGUGUCAUGGUAGAAUCAUAGAAAACACUACAAACCUUCAAGUCUAAUUAUCCAGUUAUGAUUAAGAUAUUCGAUCUCUUGCAUCACAACUAUGAAAAAUUGGAAUAACAGGAACAGAGAUUCAGAUCAUCAUUACUGUUGUUACUAGCAAAUCUGGCUUAUCAUGAACACUCCUUUGACUUUUUUGAAACCUUUCUCAAUAUAGAAGAUUUCAUGAUCAAAUAUAGAACUGCUUACCUCAACCUCACUUAAGCACCUGAUAGAGAAUUGUUAUUAACCAUCUUAGUGAAUCUAACAUACAUCAAAGAAAUUCAAUUGAUUAUGCCCAAAUAUGAGAAAACCCUUUAAUUGAUCAAAGAGAUAUUUUUGUCUGAACAUGAUGAAUCUACUACUAAAAGGAUUGUGUAAUUACUUGCCAACUUAUCCUUAAAUCAGGAUUUGCACACAUGGAUUGCCAGUUAAGAUAUUCUUAAAAGAUUGUACAAACUAUUCUUUGAAAGUGGUACAUCCAAAGUGUUGUAGGAGUAGAUUUAAAUUUUAUUGGCCAACACAACUUUUACUGAGGAAGUUCAUGAAAUACUUAUUAAUAACGAAGCCAUCAGAAUAUUUGAAUAAAUUGUUAAUAAAAAGGAAUCAAUGUAACAAGAUACUUCGCAUUAAUAGGUAGUUUCACUUGUCAAUUUGGGACUCAAUCCAAGAACUUAUGCACUCAUUGAGAAUCAAAUUAGUAUGGUCAAUCAGCUCUCUCUCUUGGAGGAAUGCGAGAAACCUUUGUAAAUCAGAUUGUUAAAGUCUUCCUUAGAAUACGUAAUUGAUAACUCCAGUUAAAAUUUACAAAACAAAAAGGAAAUCCUACAUUAUAUUAUCGUCAGUAUCAACAUUUUGCUGGAGAGCAAAUCCAAAUUUUUAGUAUGUAAAAUCGAUCCCUUAUGGCAAAUGAUUCUAUCAACUGAAUUAAUAAACAAAACCAUUUUCAACAAGGAGGUAUUGAUUGGCAACUUUAUCACUAUAAUAAUAUUCUUUGAUAUGCUAGAAGUUAAAUGCAACUAUUACAGUCACCUAUGUGAAUUGGCAGAUCGAAUCCCUCUUAUUCUUGAUUUCUAAUCUAUGCAAAUUCAUAUCGAAAAUCUAUUUAUUUUCAAUCAAAGCUCCUUGAAUAAUUUAAAAGAAUUGAUACAACAAGUCAAACAGAAACAACAAGUUGAACCUCUUCUAAUAUCCAAAUAUGAACAAUUGGUCAAUCAAUUUCUCAGACUCUUAUCUAACGUAGCCUUUGCUCAAAAAACAUAACCAGGAUUACAAUAGUUCAUGUAAAAAAAAGAAGUUGAAGAUCAUCUCUUAGAAAUAUGUUAAUUUUCCCAUUAAUAAGCACCCAAUCUCAUAUUACAAUCCCUAGCCACCUAUGCAAAUAUCUUUCAAAUAGACAGUAGGAAUUAUUAAUAAGUCUUCGAAAUCAUAGCUAAAAAUUACAAAUAACAAAUCAAAUAACAUCCUCUCUAUCAAACCUUUUUAAUUGGAGUAAUAGUAGGAGUCAUGAAAAAUAAGAAGUAUCUAUUAUUUGAGGAUGGAAAACAAGACAUUGGUGAUCUUAAUGAUUCAAUCCAAUCAUACUAAAAAAAUAAUGCUCUCUAUUCAAUUCAACAAUAGUAAACCAAUAAUUUCUUUCAAAAGAGAGUAUCUUCAUAACAAACCUUCAUUAGUAUACGAUCAUAAGACAGUGAGUAUCCCGUUAAUAAGGAUAUGAGUUUGAUCAUCUCUGUUUUGUUGUAUGUGUUAAAGAAAGGUCAUCCCCCCACCUAUUAAUCUGCUCCCCCAUUAUUAUUGCAAUGUUUGACCAAUAUUGCUUAUCAUCAAGAGAAUUUUAAAUUUCUAUUCUCAACGAAAUUACCUGAAUAUUUGUUCACUUACAUAUGUCAGAAAGAAAAUAUCUAGGCUGAUGGUUAUGUGCAUGCAUUGACAGCGUUUAUCAACAUAAGCACCAAUAAAGAGUUCUUCUUGCGUAUUCAAGCUGAAGAAGUGUACAAAUAUGUGGUUAAAUUGAAUCAAGUGUCCAAACCAUUAGUCAUUUAAUAUAGUAGUAGUAUCUUCAUGCAGAUGUUUGAAUACAGCACAGAGAAUGAUGAGAAUUAGCAUCUUGUAGAAUUCACGUUGGAUUUUAUGGUUAAUGAGGUUCUGUCCUAUGUUACAUUUGAAUCAGAUCAUAUGGAUUUAUUUUUGGCAUUUCUUGAAAGAUUACUCAAAAUACAAAAACUAAAAUAUAAAAUUGCAAAAAUUGAAUCCUUAUUCCAGAAGUUCUAGAAAACCUUGGAAACCUAAGAUUUAACAAACGAUAAAAAGUUUGAUAAAUAUUGGAGAAUAUGGAACAUUUAUAAUUUCUUGAUUACUUCCAAAGAAUGUUUAAAUUAUCUAGUUAAAUAUGGGUACUUUUCUUUACUCAAAUCAAAAUUAAGUUACUUUACUUCUUCUUAAUUUGAUCAAUGUCUAAGUUACAAUACUCAAGCAGAGUAUCAAGAAAAACAUAAAAAUGUCUUAAAAUAAUUCCAAUUGUUUUCUAUUGUCCUGUCCAGUAUUGAAAAGAUCUUUAAGAAUGAUGUGAACUUGAAACUAUAGCCUCCAAUUUAGAAAUUGAUUUAUUCAUAGAAAAAUGAGAAAGUAUCCACAGACAUCAUUAGAAUAAAUGACAGCGAAGCCCUGAAGAUAUCAUUCUAUGUUCCCUUUUUAAUCAUUGAGAAAAUCUUGGUCUCAGAAGAAACCUAUUAAAACUAGAAUAAUAUCUUAAUUGUCGUUGAAGUAUUAAAUCAAAUAGCACUGAUUCUAACCAGAAUGGACUCAAAUGGGGUUGGUACAUUAAAAUUUCUGAUUGAAAUAUUAAAGAGAACACUUAAAACUCAAGUAGAUGAUAAAACACUUUUUUAUAGCAAUGUUGUUAACAUUUCAAUCAAAUUAUUUGAAAAGUUUGGUGUUGAAAUAUCAGGUCCCAUUGAGGAGAUACUAGUAUUAUUUAUAUAACAUUGGUAAGGAUCAGAGUUUCGAUUCAUGAAUUCAGAAAUUUAUUAAAACUUUUUGCGAUUAUGUGUACUCUUUAAGUUUAAGGAUUGUUAAUAGGAUAAACCGUGUAAUUUGGCUAAUAGUGUAUUGUAAAUAAUGAACAUCAAUCAGACAACUUUUAGAGAACAUGAAACUUAAUUGUUGUUCUAAAUGUUCCUUAAAAAACUCAUUGCUGAAGUAGAUCCUUCUGAAUCAUAAGAGUUAGAAGAAACUAUUUCGGAAUCAAUAGACUUUUUACUGGAUUACAUUUAGAAACAAUCUGCAAACAUUAAAGCUUAGUUAGAGAUGGGAGACAAGAGCAUUACUGAAUAUUAAAAGACACUUCAAUAGUAGAAUUUCACUAUGUCAAUAGAAAUAUUGACAAUUCUAGUUUCAUUCACAUCCUUUUAAGAGAAAAUUUUAGAUUUGGAAUUGCUAAGUUCAACAGUUUAAUGUGGAUUGCUGAUUUAAGAAUUACUUAACUUUUUUGAAAAUAAAGAAUAGUAAUCAGAAGACUUAAAGACAGCUAUUAAUUAGUUGUAGAGUUUUCUUAAACAUAUAAGCAUAUUUUUAAGUUAUACUUCAUUUUUGAUAAAAUUCCAUGAUGAAUUACAAAGUUAACCAUGUAUAUAAUUUAUAUUUGAGAAUAUGCUAAAGAGAAAGAAAUAAACUAAAAUCUUUUGUUUCAACAUCAUUGUCAAUUUGAUUGAAUCUUAAGGACCUAAUUUUAUAUUUGAAGUCUUGUAGAGUAUAGAGGAAUAAAUCGAUAAGAUAAAUGCUAAUACUUCAUUGUAAAAAUACUCUUUGGAUGCUAUAGUUAGUUUAACUGAAGAAAUCUAUUAGAAAAUUCAACAUUAUAAAAAUAUAGCUCCGAAUGAAGAGGCAUUUUAUUAAUUAUCUGAUGAUAUUGGAUUAUUGUUAACAAAAAUACUAAUUGGUAAGAAGCAUACCUUUUCAUUAAAUGGAUCAGCCGAAAUAUUGAUGAACAGCAAGUUACAAUAAGUUCAGAUUAGGACUCUGUUUCUUAUGAUCAAGAAAUUCAUAAAUUGUGAUAAUGAUAUUACAAUUAGAGACAAGAGUAUUUAAUUGUCAUUUGAUAUCAGUAAAUAGAUCUAUGGAAUGUUGUCUUCAAUGGAAUAGAUAGAUUGCAAUAAUGAGACAAUAUAAAACCUUCAAUUAUAGAGUAAAUUCAUAAACAUCAAAUACACUUGGGAUCAAGUGAGGAAGAAUUAAUCCUAUUAACAUUUAGAAGACAUGUUCUUCUGGGAGUAAUUGGAACUUAGUGAUUACUAGUUUAAAUUAAUAUUCUUAAUAAUUUGUUUUGAGAACAUCACUUGCAGAUUUAGAGGUGAAUAGAACAAUAAUAAAAUAGCAUUGCCUAAUUCAGCAGUGAUGGUAAAUGAUAUCUUCCUAUUAAUUGAUCCUAAUUUGGAUACCUUCUUGGAGAACUAUAACCUAUAAAAUCAAUUGAACUUUUUAUUAGUUUACUAUGCUGCUUCUAUUAGUUAUAGUUCUUUAGGAAAUAGAACAAGGAAAGUAGAAUUUUAAUCAUUGGCUGAGAGAGAUAUGUCAUUUAGAAUAAGGUUAAACACGUUUGUUAGAGUACUAAGUGAUAGUAAGAUCAAUAUCCUUGCUAAUUUUGCAGAUUUAAUUAGGGGGCCAAUAUAAAAUUUAUGA